UGGAAUACAGACUGGUGCCGCAACGGAGGCAGAAGUCGGGACAAUUUCACUUCAAUUUUGAGUUUAUUACUCAAUUUUAUAUGAUAUUUUAUUUUCUCUCACUUCAAGGGUGAUCACACUCGGUUAAGACUGGGGAAACAAUAAUGACAGUGUAUUCUCACGUUGGACAAUACAUAGUCUGACUCUUAUCAGAAAGCAUAAGAGGAAGAGAAAGCACUGAAUAAUUUUAUGUGCUCUAUCAAUCUACAGUCAAGCAUUUGUUCCAAGAAAACGAACAGUGUUGCGUUUGUGUGCGCGUGGAUUUAAUUGUCGGAUAUCUAUCACUGUGUCAAGCAAUAUUGGACCAGUCCUACACAAAUCUAGGCUGUGCUGAUGUCGCCCGCGGACAGACGCACCGCUGGAUUGUAGCAGUGCCGAUGGAUUAAAGGGCAACCUUAACAUUUGGAGGGCGCGAAGGUAGCGGGCAGCAGGAUGAGUGAGAGACACACACAGCAAGGAAGUAAAGGGUUUCUACUUCUAAUGGUCUGCAUGGUGACUCUGCUGGAGAUGGCUAGACCAACCGAAGGUCACAGAGUGCAUCAAGUCAGAACCGGCACUUGCGAGGUUGUGGCUUUGCAUCGAUGCUGCAACAAGAACAAAAUAGAAGAACGCUCCCAAACGGUUAAAUGCUCCUGCUUCCCUGGACAAGUGGCCGGGACGACCAGAGCUGCCCCGUCCUGUGUAGAUGCCUCUAUAGUGGAGCAGAAGUGGUGGUGUCAGAUGCAUCCAUGUCUGGAUGGGGAGGAGUGUAAAGUCCUCCCAGAUCUGAAGGGAUGGAGCUGCGCCACGGGGAACAAGAUAAAGACUACCAAGAUCUCAUCGGACAGGGAUCAGCUCUGGUAACCCUUGAUGCCACGGGAACCGAAUCAAGGUGGAUCAAUAAAUGUUACUGGGUCUUUACCUGUGGAAUACCAUCAUGGACUCAAGAACAUUGCAGCGACCCUUUUUUGUAAAUAGAGACUCCCUCUAUUGGAGACUAUACUAUGAAUCUUCUGGAAGACUUACAAGCACAGGGUAACAAAGGACAUCUGGAUGAGAAGAGAAGAGUGGACACUACUAAAUGAUUGCUCAGUAGAGGGGACCUUUAUUUUGAAAAGCCCAGACAUGACUACCACCACAUUGGACAUUAGGAUGUCUUUUUAUUCUCUAACAUUGUUCUGCUUAUAGUGGAUUACAAUGGUGAAUUUUGCCAAAACAUUAAAAACAUUAUUUGGAAAGUGAUAGUUUUUCUUAGGGAAAUAGUUUUUUUCCCCCUCAGAAUGCAUUGUGCAUCAUUACUGUAACAGAGUAUCAUCAAUAUCAAGAAUUUCCCCCAUGAAUAUUAGGGACGAGUCGAAUUCGAUCCAGUUUUUAUCAAUUAAAUGAUGGUCAGAAAAUGGUAAUGUAAAAUUGGUGAACCUUAUUGUAUUGAGCCAAUCAUUGAACAUGCAGGGUGAUUUUCAAAGGAGCACAAAAACGGCACAGGUACUGGAAUUGGCGUAUGUACACCUCUAUGUUUUUUUAAAUGGGUGGCCAUCAUUGUGGGUGGCCAUUCUCGAUGGUGCUGCGCGCAGGGAACAUGGCUUAUUCAAAUGAGAGUUGCAAUCAAUGGCCAACCAAUGACAGUUGAGAGAAUGUGAUGUAUCCAAGGACAAAUCGAUGUAGACUACUGAUCUAUAAGGCAGGCUACAAUGUAGGAUUUCCACCACCAAAACUGAAAACUGAAGGUCAUGUUUGAUUUGCAUGUUUUAUUCCAAGGGCAUCAUCUUUCAUUAACGUCUAGAGCAGAUUUGGGCACUAGGUGCAUACUUUUGAAAAUGUACACAUGAAUGAAAGUGGUGCACAAAUGAGUUACCCCUCGUGUGCUUAGCGUUUGCUUAUGUUCUUUUGAAAAUCCUCCUAUCAACUGCUAGCUGAUCCAGUUAGUUUGUCUAUGUUGCACAAUGCUGAAGCUCAGAUUCGAAUGUCCAUGUAAUGUUUAUGUUAAUGUAUGCAAGCUAAAAUGCAUUCAUUCUACAAUACUGGCUAUAGUCCAUGGGGUUGGUAGGGGCCGGUUAAGUGUUAAGUACUUUUUAAAAUUACUUUCUGAUUCGCUGAUAACUUUUCAACAGGUAUCUCUGACGCUUCCUUCGUCUGUGCAAGUGAUAACAUCUUCGAAUAAUAAACUGUGGUUGUGU